AUGUGUAUAAGAUGUCCUGUUGGUUAUUCGCGUCUUACUUACUCGCGUUUAAACCCCCGAGAGAUCGUAUACGAUAAGCACAAUGAGAAUCUUCCGCCUAGUCUGUUACCUCACGCGGAGCUUGGCCGACGGCAAGAUGAAAAUAUGAACAAAGAUGGUAGGAAUGGGGACCUAGAAAUGAGUCUAUUCACAUUCCGUAGAGAUCAAGAACAUGAGACGGGUCACAAUCUGGAGGAUCGUCAUGCGCCAGAGCUACAACCACAACCACAGCCGACUGAGAGCCAAAAACAAGUGGUAUCAGGAGUAUUGGUCAAGCGCAAUUUGGACAUGAGUAAAUGUGAAAGAUGCCGUUUGGAUAAGAAGAAGUGUCUUCCUACUGAUCGGGUCUGGCCGACAAAGUGCGAGCUCUGCAUUAAGAAAGGUUUUUCUUGUUCAGAGAGCAAGAGAUUGUUUCGCUCGACUAAGCAUGCGCUCACCCCAAUACUCUCGUCAACGAAUGUGGCUUCUACAUCAGCCACCUCUGUUGCUUUCGAGGAGUGCCUCAAACAAUGGUCUUUCCUACUGAGUUAUCGCACCAUGAUGUGGAAGGCUUGGGAAGAGGAUCUUGAAGAUCUGAAAGAACGCGCAAUAGCCCCCUUCUCUCCCGAAAAUCAUCCUUCCUUGAUACCGGUAUCAGCAUCGUAUAACCGUUUUUACAACUUCGUAAACUCUGAUAUCGACGAGAUGCUUGGUCGAUACUCCGAGGAGCUUCUCAAUGUGGAUACGGCAUCACCGAAUAUUCCAGGCUGGUUUCUUGUUGCCUCUCUUAGUCAAUUCGGGACCAAACUUGCCUGCUCCGAAUGCUAUCCUGCGCAUUCACGAUCGAAGGCUAGAUGGUUGGAGGAGACCCAAGAUACAUGCGGCGAACUGUUACUCGUACAGCACCGUUACAUACAUCAUACGUCUUUUAAAGGUCGGGAAAGCUACAUCGAUCUAUCAAAGGAAGUAGCGAAGCGGGCAAGUGCGGUCUGGGAGUCAUCCGGAACGUACGAUAUGGCUGAGUAUGCUAGAAAAAUCGGCGUCUGGCAUUCCGACAAGGUACUUUUCGAGUUACAUGACUGGGUUGAAGACUUGAACGAUUGCUUAGAGAGAUCUCAUUUACAUUUCUACAUGGACUGGGCUGCUAAUGGCAGCUUGAUCAAAGAUGAGUUCUACUUCUAUAAGGGUUUGUCCGAGCUGAAAGACAGCCAGGACAUACUCGGAAGAACGGCUUUGCUUAUAGCAUGUCAAGAAGAGUGGGAAGAGGCAGUUGUGCGCUUACUGGAAGAGAAGGCAGACCCUGGGCUCUCGACCAUAUACGGUAGUCUUCCCUUACAUUAUGCAGCUGCGACAGGGUCACUCGAGAUCUGCAAGCUAUUGCUAAUGCACAAGACGGAGUUCGACAUUAAAGCCGCGGAUAAUGCGAGCAAUACCGCAUUGGAUUGGGCGAAGGAGAAGGGACAUUACGAAGUAGUGGAACUGUUGUCUAUUCAGUACGCAGCAACAAAUUGA